AUGACCUCAUCAUACCCAGGUGAAAAUUCAGAUAUCGGUAAAACAUUAGUAGAAGGAAUAGACAACCAACCAUUAACGUAUCUAGUUCCAAAAGAAUGUCUUACUAAAUUGAUUAAUGAUCCACUAAAAGUUUCAAUUCCUUUGGCCACUGAUGUAUUUGAAAAUCCAACCAAAGAAGACUUAAAUAUUGAGUCAUACGAUGAUUUAAAGCUGGGUACUGCUGAUGAGCUAAAUCUGGAAGAAAGAAUCAUUUACAGAAGACCAAGGAAUAUUCAAAUGAAUGAAAACGCUGCAGAAGGUCAAUUUGAUAUGUAUGACGGAUUAUCACCAUUAGCUCUAAAAUUCUUGAAGCAAAAUGAACCAACUUUGACAUCAGAGGAUAUACAAUAUAGUGAUUAUGAUAAUGACCCUGUGUCAACAAAUAACGUUUGCAUUUCUGAAACGAACGAUGACUUGCACGUUUCUGAUCCGAUCAACGGACUAGCUAGAGGGAAGAAGAGAAAUGCAUCCCAACUUGAGCAUGAUGAAUCCAAUGAAUAUGUAGACUCAUAUCAAAGUUUGGAUUUAGCAGGUCAUGAAACUUCCAAUAGAUUUAAAAUAGCCAAUAAUACAAAUGUCUCAGUAACUCAAGCCACUAUCUCAAAACAAUAUUUAAAGGAAUUACAUUCAAUUUUGAAAAUACUUGGUAAAGAUGAGGAAUCUUCAUUGAAAGAUAAUACAGAAUAUUGGCUUAACAUACUCCACCAAGAUUCAAAUACAAACACUUACGCUUUAACAAUUAAAUGUUUAACGAAAAUUUCGCUUUUGAUCAAAAAUAUUUUAAAAGUUCAACAAAUUUGGGAUAAAAUUUCUAUCAAAAAUUUACAACGAAUUUUAGAUUGCUUGAUAUCAAAUAUUGAAAUAGCUGAUAAGAUAUUAAUUCCUGAUAUAUAUAAAGAAAACACUUUGAAAUCAUCCAUACAGUCAGAGCCAAGCUCAGAUGUAUAUUCAGAUCCCGACUUGGAGUCACAGUCUAAUUUAGAUAUGAAUAUGCUAAAAAAAAUUGCGUACAUGUCCAUUUCUUUAGUUUUCAAUAUUUUUUUAUUUGAUAAAAAUGAUAAGAGACUAUCGUUGGAACGAUAUGUAUCAAUCCCCUUAGAGUUCUUACAAGCUACUUUAGAUCGUUUUAAAAUUUGCGAUAUCGAUGAUGAUGAAUUGAUUGUAGAAAUUCCUAUGUUACAGCAAUCACUUGAGCCAUUACCAUUAUAUAUUGAAAAGAGACCAUUUUUAGAUGAAGGCUUAUUGAGUAAAUUAGUUUAUAUGUUUGCUGAUGUAUUAAUGAAGAAUGAAACUGAAUUAUUUACUAAAUGGCAACCUAGACAUGAGUGGGAAUUAAUCAAAAAGACUGUAACAAAUAUUUAUAUUUCUUUAUUUGUUAAAAUCCCAAAUCAAAGAGAUUUCAUAAUCGAAGAAUUAUUAAAUCAUUUAGAUCAGUUACCUAUAAAAAGAUUACAGAAAAAAUUAAGAAGAAUAGAGAAAAAUGUAUUCAUUACUGAUUUUACAAUUACAAUAAUUUCAAUGUUGGAAAAUUUAAACUCUUAUGAUUUUAGUCAUAAAACUAGUUCUGACAAUGACGAUAAUUUAGAUGAAGAAAAUUUAAAAUUAAUUACGAACUAUUCUUCCGAGCAAUCAAAAUCUCUACAAUCCAUAAUAUUUCAAAUUACUGAUAUCAUUCUAGCAAAAAUGUUAGAUAAUCCUUAUAAAAAUAAAUAUAUUCUAGAAAAUUACUCAACCGAUUUGAUUACAUUGUUGCCUUUACCACAAUGGCCAAUUGCAGAAGAUUUACUAUCCUCAUUAACAAAGCAAAUGAUAUUAGAGUUUAACCCUUCGCAACAUAAUACUAAGAAUAAGGCAAAUUCUACUAUAAUACAAGGCAUCUAUCUACAAAUAUUAGGUGAAAUAGGUUCAUUAAUGUUUAAAAUUAAAACGAAGACCGAUUCCAAAUUGUCCUAUAACUUAACCUCUUUAUAUAACUACCCAGAAAAUUUAACUGCUUAUUCCAAAUCCUUUAAAAAAUGUCUAAAUUACAUAGAAGCUGGAUCAAACAGUGAUUUUUCAAUGAAAUAUUUCUGGCAGAAAUAUGCUAAUGUUCUAUUAAAAUUAGGCGAAAUAAGUAAUGAAGAUAAUAUUAAUCAGGAAAAUAGUUCACUAGAUUUAAACUCUAAUAACCAUGAGAUCUCUUCUAUCAAUAAGAAACUUCCAACUUCUUUUAAAAAAUUAAUUGAAGAACUAGAAACUGAUGAUUUCAUCUUGAUGAAGCCCGAUGCCCAAAUUAAAACUGAUUCAUCUGAAAUUGAACAGGAAUACUUUUUAAUGUUACAGAGUUUUGAAUUAUUAAAUCUAUAUGAGCCUUACUUAAAACUGAUUAUAUCAGCACUGGACAAGGACAAAAUUAAAUUAAGAUCAAUCGCUUUAAAAAAUUUAUCAAUGCUUACUACAAUAGAUGAAAGUAUUCUGGCAACUCCUUUGGUGAAAUCAACUAUUCAGCAAAGGUUUAACGACUCUUCAGCUUUAGUGAAAGAUUCAAUCCUUGACCUAGUGAGCAUAGGUAAAGCACCUCUUUACUUCUACAAAUCGAUAAAUCAAAAUUUUAAUGAUGAUAGUAUAAUGGUAAGAAAGCAUGUUCUCAAAUUAAACGAACAAAUUUAUGAUGAAACGUCUGAUCUCAAUGUUAAAAUAUUCAUUGCUUCUAAAAUAAUUCAAAAAAUGGAAGAUGAAGAUGAUGUAGUAAUUGAAUCUGCAAGAAAUGCCUUAUUUUCAAGAUGGAUACAAAAGGUCAACACUACAGAAAAUAUCCCUGAAAUUCAAUUACAAGAAUGCAAUGUAAUUAUUGAUGUAAUUGCUGGGGCUAUUGCAACAAAUGAAAAAUGCUUAGAACUUUUUGAUUGGUUUUUAAACUUCUAUCUCCUAAAUGAAGAAAUCCAUCCAGUUAAUGAGCAAAAUCUUAUUACCAAGUCUUUAAACAGAUUGACAGAUACACUAGUUCAACAAAUUACUCAGCUACAAUCUAAUGAUUUAGAUGAUUCAAUUCUUCUAGCAGAUAGAAGCAAUAAAUUGAAUUUACUCACCAUUUUUUCGGAUAGUAUUAGCCCCUUUAUUACCAGAGAUCAUAUUAUUGCAUUGUAUCCUUAUAUUGUAGGAGAAGAUAGGUCUACUUUUCAAUAUUAUCUAUUAUUGAUUUUCAACAACACGCUAAAAAAGUUGCAAAAUUUGAGAGUUAACUUUUUAUUUGAUUUAGAGACUACUGUAUUAAGUAGAUUACCAAGGAUGACUGCUCAAGAAAUAGAUCAGGCAAUGCCACUAGCCUGGAAUAUUGCAACUCAAAGAAGGGACUAUUCUAGGAUCGCAAAGGCAUGCUCUUCAUGUUUAGGCCAUCUUUCCCCUUAUAUUAACAUUGGUACUAAAACUCCCAAAUCCCUUCCAAUUGAUGGAAAAUUGCAAAGGUUAUUGUAUUUAGGGACCGGGUUUGCGAGAUUUUGUGAGUUUAACCCAGAAACCGCAACAUUAAGCUAUCUUCAGAAAAACGACUCAAUAUAUGAAUAUAUGGCUAAAUGCUUAUUAGUAUUUUUACAAGAAUCAAUCCCAUUAGCAAUAAGAAAAAUUUCUAUCAAAAAUUUAACCAAGCUAUGUAGUAGCCACCCCAGAUUGUUUAAUUCAAAACAUAUUCUCAAGAUAUUUGAUUCUGAAUUAAAGAAUAAACAAGCGGAACAUCAGUUGGUUAUAUUAGAAGGGUUCUAUGACUUUUUUUUAGUGGAAGAGAAAAAUUCUAUUCGGCAAACUGGGGUUAAUACAAUUUAUUCAUCUAAUACGACAAUUAAACGACAAACUAAUACCAACAAACAGCUGAUCCAUGAUGGCAUUUGUUCUUCUUUAGUCUCGCGAUAUCUUCCAAGUAUAUUGGAAAUUUCACUUCUGGAAGAUUUCCAAAGUUCAUUAAUUGGCUUGAAACUCUUGAAACUGAUUUUGAGAUACGGAUACACAACUCCAACAAAUUGCAUACCCACAAUUAUAGCUAUUACCGGUUCAACUAACGAUCAUAUUCAAAAAUUUGCCUUAGAAAUAUUAGAAGAUGAAUUUGAAAAGUAUGAAACCAUAGUUUCAAACAAUAUAUCUAAAGGUAUCAAUCUCGCUAUACCGUAUAUUAAGAAACAAAUGGGCAAGAACUAUUUUGAAAAUUCCAAUUUCUUGCGCAAUCUACAACAUAUCUUAGGGAAUCACAAGAAACAUUAUAAUUCAUUUUUAAAACGAAUUGUUAAAUUGUUUAAUUCUUUCCUAAACGAGCUUUACUCUGGAGAAUGCUCAACGGUCAAUGAAGAAAUUAUACUAUUUUUCUGCAGUAACGUUUCAAAACUAAAGUUUAACACCCAAUACGAUCUCCUAACAAUUUUAAAAGAAAUGGGGUACGCCUCAGAACAGAUACGUUCAAUUAUUCUCGAUCAGCUCCGUUCGAGCUCAGAGGCAGUAACUCUUAACAUUCGUAACGCUAUCAUUGUACAAAUGAGUUUAGAAAAUGUUAUGGAUCUUUUAUCAAAAUGUUAUGGUAUCAAAGAAGAUGUUAUUUUAAUUAGCUAUGGAGAAGAAUCUGAAAUGAAAGAGAGACAACUACCUGAAAACUGUUGGUUUAAUGAUAAGGAUGCUAUUAAUACUAUUAAAGGAUUGAUGAACUUUUGUAAAAAGACUGAUAUUGGUGAUUAUUAUUGUAACAAAUAUAAAUAUGUGGAUUAG